AUGUCAUUCAAUCCCUACGAGCAAAACAUCACAUUGACUGCCAGCGACGGUAGCGCUAUGGACAUCCCCCUUCCUUAUUUCGACGAGUACGUCCAGGAAGGUGUAGUCAGCUGCAUCAACUAUGGCUGCCAACUCGGAGCUACCAUCGUCAUCUUUGUGCUCUUGUGCCUGUUGACCAGGUCCAAGAAACGUUCCUCCAUCGUCUUCUGCUUGAAUAUAACUGCACUGUUGUUGAACAUGUUCCGUCUUAUCUGCCAGGUCCUGCUUUACACAGGUGCCUGGUUUGAGACCUAUGCUUAUUUCACCGGGGACAUCUCUCGUGUCACUAGAGGCGACUUCGCGGACAGCAUUCUGGUAUCAGUCAUGGAUUCUCUGCUGCAAGUUGUCAUGGAAGCUUCACUCGUCACGCAGACCAAUGUCGUAUGCACCAACAUGUCGCGCUGGCAAAAGACUGCCAUCCUCACUGUCUCGGUCGGACUUGCGUUUUCCAGCAUCGGCUUCCGUAUGGCUCAGAUGGGGUUGGAAAGUGUUCUCAUCGUUGAAAACAAGCCUUUCGACGAAUUCCUCUGGCUCCAGAAAUUGAACACCAUCUUGACCACGACGAGCAUCAUUUACUUCAGUGUCGUCCUCAUCUGCAAGCUUGGAUACACCAUUUACCUACGCAGGCAGCUCGGUGUGCAUCAAUUCAGUCCUAUGCAAAUCAUCUUCAUCAUGAGCUGCCAGACCAUGAUUGUGCCCGCCAUCCUCUCAAUCUUGCAAUUUUCUUCUGUCAACAUCCAUCAUAUUAACAACGACGUUGUCACCUUCGUGGUGGUUUCGCUGCCUGUGACAACCCUGUGGGCCUCCAACGUACUGCCUGGUCGCGCAGCCGUCCAUGACGCUGAAUCCGGUCCUCCUCUCUGGAACAAGCUGUCAACACCGCGACUCAACAGUGUGGGUUCUGACCAGUUUCGUAGGAAGCCAGCAUCGCCCAGCAACCCCAUAGCAUUUCCCUCCACCAUGAAUUUCCAGGGGUCGGAGCUGGCCAAGUCUGUUACCAUUGGUACCAGACUGGAGGGGUCAAUCAGUCCUUGA